AUAAUGAGACAGUGCAGUGUUCGAUUACCAAAUUUAAUAUCAAUAUACUUAGCCUAUAAGUAGUUUUGUCCAGUUAAAUAGUAAAUACUUGUAAUAAACAGUGACUAUUUGUCCGGCCAAGUAGUUAUUGUCAUUUGUGGCAAAUUUACAUUAAGUCUGACCUCUCCUUCAGUCGUAUCGGUUUUCCGUUCCACUGAAGCAAGGACGGGUAAGACGGUGUGCGCCUGCGUUUUGCGCGAACGUCUGCGCACCUGCGUACCUGACCGCAUCAUCAUCACAUUAAGUCACGUCAAAAAUGAAACUAAAUCCAUCAUAGUGACUUAGAGUGGGAGAAAACAAAAGAAAGUGCGGUCAUGCGUAUCACCCUGUGCUUGUAUAAGUAUAAGGAUAAACUAAACAAUUGGUAACCUGUCGCUGUUAAUAUUCACCAUACAAAGUUAAGUGAAAAAUGUUUGGAGGCACCACUAAUUGCUGAACUAUUAAGCGAGGCACCACGAUGUGAACAACCGAUCCAUAUAGCAUCAUCAUUAUGAGCGCAUAUGUCAGCGGUGUCGAUUCCACAAAAUAUGGAUUUGAAGAAGAGAAUAAUAUGAAUACAACUAAAUUCCAAUUAAUAGGAAGCGGACCAAAGUAUGAUGGUGGAGGAAUCAGGAGUAGUUUACACGGCAUAAUUUACCAAAUAAAUUUGUUGAUGCUAUUUUUAAAGCGAGGGCUCAAAGAACAUUACACGUUUAGUUUAGCCUCAGAAAUAGACGCUGCCGAUAAAUUCGACGAUCUUGUUUUUAUGUACCAAAGUACCGAUGGUGGAACAAAGUAUCGAUUCCUUCAGGCUAAAAGCAAGCAAGAAAAUUCCAUGAAGAUAACUAAAAAUGAUCUUCUCAAUCUGACAGGUGGAGACUACAGUAUCUACAAAUACUUCGUAUCUUACCGUCACAUUAACAACAACAAACGGGCAUUCUUCAAAGGUGAAUACCAAGACUUUAUAAUUUGCACCAAUAUUGAUAUAGCUGAUAGUAUUGUUGAUAGCUUCGAUGAAAUUAAUUACCCUGAUCCAAUUCUAGAUUUUGACAAAGCAAAAAUAGCAUCUCCAUCUAAAAGACUUAAACUUAGAAAUGGGACCGAGUUAUAUAGUCAGCUUGAAAACAUAUUACUUAAUAAAAACCCGGAUCAUCAAAAAAUAGUACAGAAACUGGGGGCAAUGGCAGCAACAUCUACUGUCAUUCAAAUUGAACCAUUGUUUACUGCAAACAGAGAAUGGGUAAUGGAACGUAUAUUUGACAUCGACUCAGAGAUAAAGAAAUCCAACAAAUAUUACUAUAAACUAAGAGAAGAUUUUCUUAAUCCACCAGAUGCAUAUAUGAAAGAUUUGAACGAAAUUUUCUUCAACACUUACUUCGAAAAAUAUUCCAAACACAAAAAUUAUUUCAAAGAUUCAGAAGAUGUAAAAGAUGUUACAAAUGUAGAGAAAAAGAAGUUAAGUCAAAUAGAAUUUCAGUUGGCUGCGUCUUUCAUAAUAAGAAAAAAUAAAGAACAAAAAGUUCUGACGUCCACGGAACAAAUAAAUACAUUUCUUGAGAAACUCGUGUUAGCUGUUAACCAACCUACUGAAGAUGAAAUCAAAAGCAUAGUGCAAGAUGAAAUCGGAGAAUAUAUGAACUUGAUAGACAGUGAGCUAGUAACGUGUAAACUACAGACGUGUAUACUAGAUUGGGCAAAAACAAGACAAGGCCGUUUUAUAAAAAAUAAAGAUUGUGAAGAUUUCUUUGAAGAUAUUGAGAACCAGCUUGCCAGUUGUAGGCAAACUGGUCAGACUCUUACACGCAUAGCUAAAAUCAAUAAACUUGGUUGUUUCUUUAAGGAUGAUGAAAUGAUACGCCAUACGAAAUACUUUUUGGAAGGUCAGAAAGACGAAAAAAUCUUAGUUGUCUACUGUGAUCAUCCAUUAUUGACUGAGAUUAAAAUUCUGCAAUUAAAGCAAUUGUCUAAAAUAGACGAAUAUAUCUUCGGUGAUGUGACGGAUUUACUUGAUCAUAUUGAUACUCACGUAUGUCCUCUGAAAGCCUUUAAAUCAAGAGCAUGUCAUCAAAUGUUCAUUAUGUUUAAUGCUGCAACAGAAUUAAAUAGUGAAGUGAGAAGUAUUUUGCACAAAUUAAUUGAUACUAGUGUAGGAAAAAGAAAGAAACGGAUUGUACUAAUAUUCCCACUGGCAUUACAAAACAAGUUUGAAAAUAUUGAUAUACUUGAAGGAAAGAAAUAUGUUAAAAUUCAGGACACAAAUAAUACAUUUGCUAGUCUUUGUUUACAAUCUCAAAAACUUUUGUUAAAGGAUGCAAAAGUUAUAUUUCAAGGAUCUCAAACGAUGUUUGGUGAUUUAUACGAAGACAAAUGGCAGAAUAUAUUGAGUGGGGACCUGUUAUGCCAAUUGAUUCAUCGUGAGUUGCUAAUACAAAUAAAUAACAAAUGUAACCAGUAUGAUGAGGUUGGUAAGUAUUAUAUCAAUCGCUCCGUACAUCGACGCGUAGUAAUAUCAAAGGAGAUUAAGUUAAGUCCAGAUCAGUUCCAAAUUACUAGUUCAAGUCUAGUGAAAGAUCUCAAAACAGAUAAAGACAUUAUAUUAAUAUCUGACUGUAAAGAUGACUUUGAUCAAUUAUGUCAGUAUGCACAAAACAUUCAUUGGUUGAAAAGUGUCAAUCACGAGCUUUUGUGGCAAGUGUCUAAGGGAUCCGUAUCCAAAUUGCUAAAUUAUGUAGACAGAAGUAUUUACAAAAAUUCUCUAACACAAAAAGUAGAUGUCGAUGAUAUUACAGAUAUAAAAGACAAAGUGGUCAUCAUAGCUGCUGAACCAGGAAUGGGAAAGUCUACAUUUUUGACAAAUGUAGCUAUGCAGGCUAUUAUGCAUGAUAGCCGUAAGACAGAUAAUCUGUGCAUUAUCAGAGUCAACUUGAGGGACUAUUGCAAUGACUUUUACGAGUGGCCUGACAAACCUAUACCCAUAGAUGAAAUUAUUAAAUUUGUUUGUAAAAUAACAAAACUAAACGUUUUAUAUAGUAAAUUUGCAAGGAAUAUAGACGGCAAAAUCGAUCUUCGAGUUGAAAAACAUACGAACAUUGAGUCUUUGUUACAAACAAAAUUGUUUUCUUUUCUCUAUAAUGAAUUCUUUCAUUAUAGAGAAAAGAAAACAAUUUUGUUGCAACUUGUUCUCUUGCUCGAUGGAUUCGACGAAAUAUGUCCUCAAUAUAAAAACAAGGGUAUAUCUCUACUACAAGCUUUGCAAUCUACUAGAAUACAUAAAAUGUGGGUGACGACUCGUACGUGUAGUAUAGAAAGUGAUUUAGAAAAUAGCUUGUGUACGUUCUCUUACAAAUUAACAUCGUUCUCCAUCACAGAACAACAUUCUUAUCUUCGUAGAGUUUGGAGGGUGGAGAAACCAGAUCGCUCAAGUUUUCUAGUGUUUUUUGAUUGGUUAGUAAAAGGCCUUUUUUUUAAAAGGCCAUGGGAUAUAUAUGAGUUCAUGUCAGUGCCACAACACAUCAUGAUGGUAGGUGUGAUAUUUUAUCCCCACUUUAAAAAUUUUCAACAGAAUCCACAUAACUACUUGGAAGAACUGAAAUAUAUUGAAUUUACUAUAUACGAUCUGUACAAUAAGUUUGUACGGAUGAAGUUUGAAAAUCUGUACGUGGAAAUAAAUCUUAAAGAUCCGAGAUACACUGAUGAAUAUGAAAGGAAACUGAAAGAUAUUAUAGAACUACACGGCAAGCUAGCUGUGAAAGAAUUAUUUUCAUAUGGUGACGUACCUCAAGAGUUGGUUUCCGAUAAAGAAUGGGAGGACUUAUUGGAGUCCGUGACAUCACUUAAAGAAAAAACAGGGUUGGUGGCGGAAAUUAAAAAUGGUCGAAUAUUUUAUAUUCAUCGGAGUUUUGCUGAAUAUUUUGCUGCUAAUUACUUGGGUAACGCGCUCCUACACAAGGAUAAGAACGAACGCAAGUAUUACGCUGCAAGAGACUUUCUUUACCGCUAUCUUACCGGCUCACAGCAACCCAUCGAUAUAAUGGAGUUCCUCAACUACAAGAUCGUAUCUACCAGCGAACACGCUUUUAUAUUCAAUCUGGCCAUCGCAAAAUCCAACAGUCGGAGCCAAUAUGAAUUAGGAAUAAAUCCCGUUAUUUUCAAAAACGCAAACUGCAGAGAUUCUCUCGGUCGAACUCCUCUACAUUUACUUAAUGAAUUUUCUUAUUAUCCAGAGAUAAAAUUCAUAUUGUGUUCACGUAGAACUAAAGUCAUGCGUUGGUUGUCCCAGGUAGAUGACUUGUUUAAGUGGACUCCCGUACACUAUGCUAUAUCUUGCCACGUGUGUAAAUAUCAAAUUGUAAAUAAAUACAAUAUUGUCAAUACUGAAGAAACGAAAUCAAAAGAUAUGUAUGGAAUGACUCCUUACAUGAUCGCUGCACGUCGUGGUUGUAAUAUUAGCUGCGUUCAAAUCUAUUUAUCGGACCUGCCUUUAAAUCUAAAUGCUAAAGAUGACAACGGUAAUACAGCCUUACACUAUGCUUUGAUCAGAAACGAUUUUGCUGGAGAUGUAUUUGCGGUAGAACUGAUCAAAAUCGGUGCAGAUAUUCUAAUUUCUAACGGUGUAGGUGAAACGGCAUUAGACUUGAUACUGAAGCAUAACAAAGGCGACAAUUUGAAACCUAUUUGGUAUGUUUUUAAGGAAAACUUAGUAUUUAAGAAGGCUUUGCUUGAUCGAAUAACGACCGAUAGUGACCUUUACGUAUUUAUGUCUGAUAUUGGAUGCUUUUAGUUAUCCCAGUUAUGAUAUUUCAUAAGUUAAUGUAGUAUACUUUUUAAAUACAUAAAUAUGUGUAAAAUCUAAAAUAAUAUGUAAUAAAAACGUUUAUUUCGGACAAACUAUGACACACUAUAUAAGUGUAAUGUGAUAUUCUUGAUAUACAUUAAAUAUACUUACUAAACAUUUUA